AGGGGUUUGGCUGCACCAUCAGUGCUUCUUUCGACAACUGAAGCUCCAUUGUCCUGAUGAAAGGCCAUUUUUCAUGAGCAGGAAGAUCAACUGUCAGAACAUCAGAGAAGUCCACCAAGACAACUACAACAACGAAUACAAGAACGAGAAAACCACAUAUCUGUUGAACAUGGAGUACACUUUCAGAGCAGUGACUCACAGCCCUGGGAUUAUUAGCUGGAGAGUGGAGAAAAUGGAGCUGGUUCAAGUCCCCGGAGAAAUCCUUUGGAAUUUUUAUGAUGGGUGACUGCUACUACUCCUCUCUACCAAGAAAAGCGGCAGCUCUCUGAGCUAUGAUAUCCACUACUGGAUCGGCUCCCAGUCCUCUCAGGAUGAACAGGGUGCUGCUGCUGUUUACACCAUACAGCUUGAUGAAUUUUUGGGUUCCACCCCGGUGCAGCACCGUGAAGUUCAGAACCAUGAGUCUGAUGCCUUCAGGGGACUCUUCAAACAAGGAAUAAUAUAUAAGAAAGGAGGCGUGGCCUCAGGAAUGAGACAUACUGAAACCAACUCCUACGACAUUAAGAGACUGCUUCAUGUCAAAGGGAACAAAAGAGUGAUAGCCAUGGAGGUGGAGAUGAGCUGGAAGAGUUUUAACCUCGGCGAUGUAUUCUUGCUGGACAUCGGCAAGACCAUUAUUCAGUGGAAUGGCCCGAAGAGUAACAGACAGGAGCGGCUUAAAGGCAUGCUGUUGGCAAAAGAUAUCAGAGACAGAGAGCGAGGAGGUCGGGCAGACAUCAAAGUGAUCGAAGCGGACGUGGAGAGCAGCUAUCCUCAAUACAUGGCCAUCCUGAAUGAAACUUUUGGGGAACGAACCUUUGCACUGACAGAUGGACCACCUGAUGAAGCAGCUGACCAGAAUCAGAUGGCACAGCUCACACUUUACAAUGUGUCAGAUGAAAGUGGUGAGAUGAGAGUAACAGAAGUUGCUACUAGACCACUGGUUCAGGAUGUCCUCAGCCAUGAAGAUUGCUACAUUCUGGACCAGGGAGGGAUGAAGAUCUUUGUGUGGAAGGGAAAAAGGGCAAACAAAGCUGAAAGACAGGCCGCUAUGACCAGAGCUUUGGAGUUCAUCAAAGCAAAAAACUAUCCACUUUGUACAAACAUCGAGACAGUGAAUGACGGGGCAGAGUCGGCUCUCUUCAAGCAGCUGUUCCAGAGUUGGACUGUGAAGGACCAGACUCAAGGUCUGGGCAAAGUUCACACCAAAGGCAAAGUGGCAAAAGUCACACAGGAAAAAUUUGAUGCCUCUCUAAUGCACGUGAUGCCAGAGGUAGCUGCACGGGAACGUAUGGUGGAUGAUGGAACAGGCCAAGCAGAGGUGUGGAGAAUUGAGGAUUUGGAGCUUGCUCCUGUUGACCCUCAGUGGUACGGUUACUUCUACGGUGGAGACUGCUACCUGGUACUCUACACUUACAUAGUCAACAACAAGAAGUACUACCUGCUCUACAUAUGGCAGGGGCGCCAUGCUUCACAGGAUGAAGUGGCAGCUUCAGCAUUUCAGGCUGUGGCUUUGGAUCAACGUUACGGUGGUCAGCCUGUCCAAGUGAGAGUCACAAUGGGCAAAGAACCAAGACACUUUAUGGCUAUUUUCAAGGGUAAAAUGGUCAUCUUUGAGGGUGGCACAUCAAGGAAAGGAAGCUCUGAUCCAGAGCCACCAGUAAGGCUGUUCCAGGUCCAUGGUUCUGACUUGUUCAAUACUAAAGCCAUCGAGGUGCCAGCGCUGGCUACCUCGCUUAACUCAGGAGAUGUGUUUUUGCUAAAGUGCCAGACAGCAAUAUAUGUGUGGUGUGGAAAGGGAUCCAGUGGAGAUGAGCGGGCCAUGGCAAAGGAGGUCAGCUAUGUGAUUGGCCGCAACUCACAGGGAAGCACUGAGGAGAUUGUGGCUGAGGGUCAGGAGCCCCUUGACUUCUGGGAGUUGCUUGGCGGUAAAGCUCCCUAUGCUAAUACAAAGAGACUACAGCAACAGGUUGUAGAUCAUCAGCCACGCCUGUUUGAAUGCUCGAAUAAGACAGGUCGUUUCACUGUCAGUGAAGUGACUCAGUUCACACAGGAUGACCUCAGUGAGGACGAUGUCAUGCUGUUAGACACUUGGGACCAGGUUUUUCUCUGGGUGGGUAACGAGGCCAAUGAGGUAGAAUGUAAAGAAUCAGUGGUGACUUGCCAAGAGUACCUGCGCACCCACCCAACCUGCAGAGAUCCAGAAACGCCCAUUGUCCUGAUCAAGCAGGGGUUUGAACCACCAACUUUCACGGGAUGGUUCAUGGCCUGGGAUCCCUCCAAGUGGAGUGGAGGAAAGAGUUAUGAGGAGCUGAAGAAAGAAUUAGGAGACGUAGCAUCACCUGUUGUGAUCGCAGAUGUUUCAAACUGUGUGGAGAGUGAGAGCUUUCAGCAUUUCCCACCAGAGCGUUUGGUGAACAAGCUCACCGGCGAGCUGCCUGAAGGUGUUGAUCCAACCCAGAAAGAGAAAUACCUGUCUGAUGGUGACUUUUGUAACCUGCUUGGAAUCACCAAAGAUGAAUUUGCUGCUUUGCCAAACUGGAAACAACUCAACCUCAAGAAAGAAAAAGGCCUGUUCUGAUAUUGUUUUGCUGAGCCUAAAGAGGUACAGUGCAUCUGUAAAGUAUUCACAGUGCUUCACUUUUUUCAACAUUUUAUGUUACAGCCUUAUUCCAGUGGAGUGAAUUCCCUUUUUUCUCUCAAAAGUCUACUCACAAUUCCCCAUAAUGACAACAUGACUUUUUUUUUAUUUUUGCUAAUUUAUUUAAAAAACAAACAAACA